AUGUCAAAGUAGUUUGAUUUGUAAGUUUAUCCAAAUAUGCAAUCUUUAAGAACCCAACCUAAUAAAUUGGAAAAAAUUCUUAAAAAUAUUUAAAGUUAAAAAAUUUUCAAUCAUAAUGUUAACAUUGAGAACAAAAGUUCUGAUGAAUCAUUUUCUUACUUAACUAAGAGAGUUUUGAAUAAGGAAUCACCAUUAUAUAGUUUACCUAGUCAGCGAAUACAUUUAUAAAACGAUAACAUUUUCAAUGAAUCUAAUAAAAAGGUACUUUGCUAUCAACUUCCAAAAAUACAAUAGAAGCUAAAGACAUUAAGUAAAGCCAAUUUUUCAUAAGAGAGAAUUUGUUAAACUCUUCAGAAUUCAGAAUUGAUUCCAAUCACUAGAAGAAAAAUUACUGAUAGUGAAGAAAUUUAAUAUCAAGAUUAAUUAAAUAUUAAGAAAUUGAAUGAGUAAUUAGGCAAUAAGUAAGAUCGAUAGAAUCAGAUUAGAUGGAGAAUUAAUAAACAUUCAUAUCCUGAAGUUUCUGAAUUAAAUGACCUUUCGAAGUAGAUAGAUUUUAUAUAUAAGAAAAAUAAUAUCAAUCCUGUAAAAAUAAAGGCGAGUCAAAAUUAUUACAGUUCGAGAGAUACCAAAAAUUCUAAUUAAUCUAUAGAAUUUUUAAUUAAAUUGCUAAAAGAGAGUAGAAAAUGA